GCUGACAUGAAAUACAAACACACAUCGCACACAAAAAGAGAUGAAAUGUGUGUGUGUGUGUUUUUGUGACAGAAGAUUGAAUAUGAGCGUUCUCUUUUGGAUGUCCUGCGUGUUUGUGAUGUGAAGAUCUUCAUUUCUCGCUCUCACUCCUAUCCCUUUCAGACGGACAUCAGGGAAGAUCGAUGUCGAUGAUGGAACGCUUUGUGUUGUGUUUGCUCUUGUGGACACUGAACAGUCAUCAGAUGAUGUCGUCGGAGGAACGCACAGUAUUUCAGUCGCCCCGACAGGCCAACGCGGUUCUCUUGAGAUCCAGACGGGCCAACGUGUUCCUCUUGGAGGAGAUUCUUCAGGGCAAUCUGGAGCGCGAGUGUUUCGAGGAGAAAUGCAGUCGAGAAGAAGCCCGAGAAUGUUUCGAGGAUGACCAGAAAACUGAAGUGUUUUGGAACAAAUAUUACGAUGGAGAUCAGUGCAGCUCAAACCCGUGUAAACAUGGAGGCACGUGUACGGAUCUCAUCGGAGGAUACGGAUGUAAAUGUACUGAGAUGUACAGCGGCGUGAACUGUGACACAGAUGUUUCUCAGUGUCCGUCUGAAGGCCCUUCGGUCUGUGAGCAUUUCUGCAGACCCUCACAGGGUUCAUAUCGCUGUUUCUGUGCGCGGGGAUACACACUUCACCCCAACAAGAGGAACUGUUUACCUCAGGUCCAGAACCCUUGUGGGAUCUCAGAGAGCUUCAACCAAACCAGUGACAUCAUCUUCUGUCCCGAUGGACGCUGUUCAUGGGAGGUGAAGUUUGUGAAGGCUGAUGGUGAUGUCAUCUGUCACGGUGUGAUCCUGGGACAGAAGUCUAUGUUGACAUCAGCUGUGUGUGCGCUCGCACUGAAGCAUCUCAACAUCACCGCCGUUUCAGCAGGUGGUGAUUCUGUGGUGAAUCUUCGCGUGUCCAGCUGGACGCCUCAUAAGAGGUUCGUGUCCGGUCCGCUGGAGGACAAUCUGGCCUUUCUGGAGCUGAAAGAGUCCAUUCCACAGGAGCUGCGAGCCGUCCCGCUGUGUCUGCCGGAGAAAGACUUCAGUGAGAAUAUUCUAAUGAGGAGCGGUCGAGAGGGCGUGGUCAUGGGCGGGGCCAGACACUCUUAUCUCUCACUGGAUGACUGUCGAGACUCUCUCAAUCUCACAUUCUUAAUGACCAAUACGAUGUUCUGUAUGGAGAAGCAGAAGUCUAAAGUGAGAUCUAAACAAGAUGUGAAGUGUGAGGUGAAGUCUGGCAGUCCCGUCGCUACAGUGGAGGGAAAAACGGCGUUCCUGACCGGAAUCUCUCUGUCUGACGGAGACUGUCAUCGUGGACUUGUGUUCACUAAAUUAUCAAGAUACCUGCACUGGAUCCGUCCGCUCCUGAACGCUGUGGAGAAACAUCACGCAUGAUCUCACAGCGACACGUGAUUCAACACAACUCUGUGACAUCAUCAGCCGACAUGAACGCGUCAUGUCAGUGUUUGACCCAAAUCAAAAAUCAAAUCUACAAUUACUAAUAUUCAUAAAAAAUACCCACAAAGCAACACAAACCUUUAGGGCUUAAUUUUCCUCAUGCAGAAUAAAAUGUCUGAA